GCACGCGCGAACAACUUGAGGCGUAGACGGGGCGGUAACUCUUAUCUUGAGUCCCGCCAGGUCCUGGAUUCCCCGCGAAGUCUUGCGGUUGUGUAGCAGACGGGAGGUCACCGUAUUCUGCAUUCCGGUCGUCAGCCUAAUUCCUAGCGGAACAAAGCGAGACGGCGGUAGCGAACCAGGCCCACCAUGGCAGCGAACUAUUCCAGUACUGGCAGCAGGAAAGAACACGUCAAAGUGACAUCUGACCCCCAGCCAGGCUUCCUGGAGCGGCUGAGUGAGACUUCCGGCGGGAUGUUCGUGGGGCUGGUGACCUUCUUACUCUCUUUCUACUUAAUUUUCACCAAUGAGGGCCGAGCACUGAAGACAGCCACCUCACUUGCAGAAGGGCUGUCACUCGUGGUAUCCCCUGACAGCAUCCACAGUGUAGCUCCGGAGAAUGAAGGGAGACUGGUACACAUAAUCGGGGCCCUGCGGACUUCCAAGCUCUUGUCUGAUCCAAAUUAUGGGGUCCAUCUUCCAGCUGUGAAGCUGCGACGGCAUGUGGAGAUGUACCAGUGGGUGGAGACGGAAGAGUCCAGUGAGUACACGGAGGAUGGACAGGUGAAGAAGGAGACAAAGUACUCCUACAACACAGAGUGGAGGUCAGAAGUUGUCAAUAGCAAAAACUUUGACAGAGAGAUUGGCCAUAAAAACCCCAGUGCCAUGGCAGUGGAGUCUUUCACAGCGACUGCCCCCUUUGUCCAGAUUGGCAGGUUUUUCCUCUCAGCAGGCCUCAUUGACAAGAUUGACAACUUCAAGGCCCUGAGCCUGGCUAAGCUGGAGGACCCUCAUGUGGACAUCAUUCGCCGAGGAGACUUUUUCUACCACAGUGAAAACCCUAAGUACCCGGAGGUUGGCGAUGUUCGAGUCUCCUUUUCUUAUGCGGGACUGAGCAGUGAUGACCCUGACCUGGGCCCGGCUCAUGUGGUUACUGUGAUUGCCCGGCAGCGAGGUGACCAACUAAUCCCAUAUUCCACCAAGUCGGGGGACACCUUGCUGCUCCUGCACCAUGGAGACUUCUCAGCUGAGGAGGUGUUUCAUAGAGAACAGAAGAGCAAUUCCAUGAAGACAUGGGGCCUGCGGGCAGCUGGAUGGAUGGCCAUGUUUAUGGGCCUCAACCUCAUGACACGGAUCCUCUACACCCUAGUGGACUGGUUUCCUGUCUUCCGAGAUCUAGUCAACAUUGGCCUGAAAGCCUUUGCCUUCUGUGUGGCCACCUCACUGACCCUGCUGACUGUGGCUGCUGGCUGGCUCUUCUACCGACCGCUGUGGGCUGCUCUGAUCGGCUGCCUGGCUCUGGUGCCCAUUAUCAUUGCACGGACCCGGGUGCCAGCCAAAAAGCUGGAGUGAAUCCUGAGAGGCCAGGUUCCCUGUCACCUCUGCUCAGCUCCAGCUGGAGCAGUCAUCUACAGACCCCACUCUUCGAGGGGCCAGUGUCCACACCUGCAUGCAGGGUUCGGUGUUCACCAAUUCAUGUCUUCUCCACUUCUUGCCAAAAUGCAGCUUUGGUGGCCAGAAGCAGCCUGAGGAUGGCAACCCAGCGAGUAUUGUCCUACUUAAUGCCUUCCCCUCGGGCUUCAUUCCACCCAGCUGUCACCCGACCCACUGGUGAAGGGGUCAGCCUUCUCACUGCCCAUCCCCCAUUGCUGGAACCAAGUGCCAAGACUGCCACAACCAGCAGCUACAACUGCAACCCCAGGAAACAGCCACCACCCUCUACUGCUGGGCACACCUCAUCAGUAGGACACCCCAUACCAGGCUUGGAGGAGUGCACCCCACACCAAGUCUCAGGGUAGAACCUGAUGUGGCCUGAAGAAACUCUGAAGGUCACUGUGGCGGGACAGAGUGCUUCUGUAUGGGCCCUCAGGCCUCUGGUUCUGGGUUCUAUUACUCCACUUCUUGUGUUCUUUCUGUCCCAAAAAGGACAGUGGGAUGGCUCACACUUGACAGUUGCUGUUACUGAAAUGAACUCAGCAGGAAUGGUGUCUCAGUGGCUGUGGUUUGACUGGUUUUUUAGUUCCUGAGGCCAUGGGGAAGCUUUAGCUCUGCUCUGCUUUUGAACCAGUGUUAGGGGAGUCACUUGUGCUGGGUUGGGACUAUGGUGGAACGCACCCCCUUUAUCCCCCGCUAUCACAGACGAUCUGUUCACUUGAAGGUGAUUUUGAUUUUGUAGUCAGUGUUACAAGAAAAGGCCGGAAGCUUUUCUACUAAGUGGGCUCAUUCACAGUGACCUCCAGUCAACUAAAGCCAAGAAUCAGGACUCAGGCUUCCUGCAGGAGGCCCACGUCGGGCCCUUUUCCGUGGGAACGCUUCUGACCUUGACACUCCAGUCUUAAGCAGUUGCUGCCGGGUGGCUCUUUACAUUUAAUGCCAUCACUGUCCUCAUCCCAAAUAAAAUCCAUCCAUACUAACGGACAUAAUUUCUAAAUCUCCUUGCUACUAUUACACCCUUUGAAAGGACGCUUAGCCCUGAUGUGGUCACAGAGCCUUGGUUUAUCCUGUACCUCAUUUCUGUUUGCAAACUGGUUGCUGUAGCAACAAGAGUGUUUGGUAGCUGACUCGGGUGUCAGAACCCCUGACCCUGGUGAUCUGUAACAGUCCUGUGGUAUCUCUGCUUUCAGCUGGAUAAAGUACAGAGAUGGCUCACUGGGUUUAGGAUGGAAACAAUAUUCACUACUGUUCAGUGCAUGCUAGUACAAUCUCUUCGAAACUCCAAAGCUGGUUUGGGAAAAUACAGCACAGUUAGUGAUGGCUAAGAACGCAAUGCUUGGGAAUCAGUCUGUAACCUUUUCUUCUAUGGUUUUUACCUGCCAGCUCAAAAGUUAAGAGCAAAUUAUGGAAGAAUAAUUUGAUGUCUUUGAGAAACCAUGAGGUUUGUAUUCUUUGUAUUAAAAUUUGAAAUAAAUUUCUACUUAUCUUUUGGUAUAGGA